UGCACUGACAUCAAAUAUGGAAAACGCAUCCAUGUGCUUCCAAUUGAUGAUACAAUCGAGGGCCUCACAGGCAACCUCUUUGACACCUAUCUGAAGCCCUACUUUCUGGAGGCCUACCGGCCAGUGAGGAAGAAUGACAGCUUCCUUGUGAGAGGAGGAAUGCGAAGUAUCGAGUUCAAGGUGGUGGAAACGGAUCCAGGGGAGUAUUGCAUCGUUGCACCUGAUACUGCAAUUUACUGUGAGGGUGACCCCAUUAAGAGAGAAGACGAGGAGAAGCUGGAUGAUGUGGGCUAUGACGACGUGGGUGGAGUCCGAAAGCAAAUGGCCCAGAUUCGUGAGCUGGUCGAGUUGCCCUUGAGGCACCCACAGUUGUUCAAGACCAUCGGUGUGAAGCCGCCCAAGGGCAUCCUGCUCUAUGGCCCCCCAGGGUCUGGCAAGACCCUCAUCGCGCGUGCUGUUGCCAAUGAAACAGGUGCUUUUUUCUUCCUGAUCAACGGUCCCGAGAUCAUGUCCAAGCUGGCUGGAGAGAGCGAGAGCAACCUUCGGAAGGCGUUCGAAGAGUCGGAGAAGAACGCCCCGGCGAUCAUCUUCAUAGACGAGAUCGACUCCAUUGCCCCCAAGCGCGAGAAAACGCACGGGGAGGUGGAAAGGCGCAUUGUGUCGCAGCUGCUGACCCUGAUGGAUGGGCUCAAGUCCAGGGCGCACGUUGUGGUCAUAGGUGCCACAAAUCGUCCCAACAGCAUCGACCCCGCUCUGCGACGAUUUGGCAGAUUCGAUCGGGAGAUCGACAUAGGCGUGCCUGAUGAGGUGGGUCGGCUCGAGGUGAUGCGCAUCCACACCAAGAACAUGAAGCUUGAUGAAGAGGUGGAUCUGGAGUCCAUCGCGUCUCAGACACACGGCUAUGUGGGGGCGGACAUAGCGGCCCUCUGCACAGAGGCUGCCUUGCAGUGCAUCCGUGAGAAGAUGGAUGUGAUCGAUUUGGAGGACGACAGCAUUGAUGCGGAGAUCCUCAACUCCAUGGCCGUCACCCAGGAGCACUUCAAGACCGCCCUGGGCACCACCAAUCCCUCGGCCCUGAGGGAGACGGUCGUGGAGGUGCCCAACAUCUCCUGGGAGGACAUAGGCGGCCUGGAGGAGGUGAAGCGGGAGCUGCAGGAGAUCGUGCAGUACCCCGUGGAGCACCCCGAGAAGUUUGAGAAAUACGGCAUGUCGCCAUCCAAGGGCGUGCUGUUUUAUGGCCCCCCUGGUUGCGGAAAGACCCUGCUGGCCAAGGCGAUAGCCAACGAGUGCCAGGCCAAUUUCAUCAGCGUGAAGGGGCCAGAGAUGCUGACCAUGUGGUUUGGGGAGUCCGAGGCGAACGUGCGGGAGAUCUUUGACAAGGCGCGGCAGGCCGCACCGUGCGUGCUGUUCUUUGAUGAGCUUGACUCCAUAGCGGUGCAGCGCGGCAACUCUGUGGGGGACGCCGGGGGGGCUGGGGACCGCGUGCUGAACCAGCUGCUGACUGAGAUGGAUGGCAUGACGACGAAGAAGACAGUGUUCAUCAUAGGUGCCACGAAUCGGCCAGAGAUCAUCGACCCUGCACUGCUGCGCCCGGGCCGCUUGGACCAGCUGAUCUACAUCCCUCUGCCUGACGGUGAGUCGCGGCGACAGAUUUUCAAGGCAGUGCUGCGCAAGUCGCCUGUGGCACCGGACGUGGACGUCGAGGCCCUGGUCAAGCACACUAACGACUUCAGCGGGGCGGACAUCACAGAGAUCUGCCAGCGGGCAUGCAAGUACGCCAUCCGGGAGAGCAUCGAGAAGGAUGUAGAGCGCGAGCGGGCGAAGGCCAACACCGGGGAGGGGGAUUCUAUGGAGGUGGAGGAGGUGGAUGACGUCCCCUUCAUCACGCGGGCUCACUUCGAAGAGGCAAUGAAAUUUGCGAGGCAGAGCGUCACACAGACCCAGAAGCUGCAGUACGAGUCAUUCAAGGAGAGCAUGCGGCAAACUAGGGGCUUUGGGGGAUUCCGGUUCACCGACCCCCCCGCCCAACCUGGCAAUGCGCAGCCCAGCACGGACGGGGCCUAUGCGCAGGCAGAGGAUGACGAUGCUGGCCUGUAUGACUGA